CUAAUUUAAAAUGUUAAUAUUUCUGUUAAUUUAAAGUUUUUAUAUUGUAAUAUGAUAUAAAAUUAACUUAAUUAAAAAGUAAAACAUAGAAAUUAUUCAAUUUUAUUAACAUUUUUUGAAGUGGAAUGACUGAUGAUGUAAAUAAAUAUCACAGAGAAUAUUACCAGUUUGAUAUCUUCAAUGGCAUUGAUAUUUGGUGAUAAUAUUCAUACAAAAACAUUUACUCCUCAAGAGUAUCUCGUUGCACUUGUAAGUUCAGCUAAAAAGAAGAAUAUUAUCAUACCUCUUGGUGGAAUUACAAAUAAAGCAUUUGUGGUUCUGAAAUUAAUUCAAGAACUUGCUUACACAACUCAUGAUAGAGCAACAAGAAAUAGAAAAUGGACACUUCUUGUGGUAGAUGAAGAAGAACUAGAAAGAUAUACAUUUUGUAUUACAAAUUUGACAGACUUAAAACCAGUUGUUGUUAAAUCAACAAAGAAUUUGGAUUUAGAGAAUUAUGAGGUUAUUGUGACUACAGAUUAUUAUUGCUUACAAUUAUUAAAUUGUGAAAUUUUAAAAUUUUAUCAAAUAAACCUUGCUAUAUUCAACGAUUGUCAUAAAAUUUUGCUUGAAAAUAGUGCUUAUUUUAAAAUUUGCAGUUUUAUAAAAUCUGACUUGGAAUGUAAAAUUUUGGGAAUAGUUCAACCAUUAUUUGAAACAGAUGACGAUCCUAUACACGUUAAUAAUCAACUGAAAUUUAUUUCAAAUAAAUUGCAUUCAUCUAUAGAGACUACAAAUGAUAUUGUUUCUAUAUUACGUCAUUGUUGUAAGCCAAUAGAAAUACUUAUAGAAUGCAAAAAUAACCUUAAACAAAAUAAUGAUUUAAAAAUUAAAAAAAUAGUGAAAAGUUUAGCAGAUUUUUUAAAAGAUCAUAGGUAUGAACCUUCUUCAAUAUAUGGGGAUGACGAAGAAUUUAACAAAGAGUUAAAAUUAAUUCCUAAUCCUACAAAUGAUCCUUUACAAAUAAUUGAUGAUUUUUUAGAAGUUUUAAUAACUAUGGGACCUUAUUGUGCAGACAAAGCUGCUUUAACUCUAUUAUACAAAGUAGAAAAAUUAAAAGUAAAAACGCCAUAUGAAAGACAUUAUAUACUACUUUGUAUCGUUUCAACUAUUUUGAUUCAAGUUAGAGCUACAUUUGAUGAUAUUUUACAUGGAUAUAGUUGUAUAGAUAAAAUUUUAAAAUUUAGUUCUCCUAAAGUUAUAAGAAUGAUUGACACAUUGAAACAGUUUAAACCUAAAACCUUUAAAAUGGAAGAUAUGAAAAAAAAAAAAAAUGAAUUUAAAGAUAACCAAAUUAUUAAUGUCAGCGAUAACAAAACAAAACAAACUAGACGCAAUUGGAAAUUAGCAAGACGUUAUGGAACUCACAGAAAACAAGGUUGUGUAAGAAUUCCAGGAGAAGAAACUGUUUGUGCGUUGAUAUUUGUCAAUACUAAACUUACUGCAUCUAUUGUAUACUAUUUAUUAUUAGAUAUAAAAAAUAGUAAUAUUGAUGAUUUUGGUUGGAUUCAACCUCAAUACACUGCAAAUAAAGAAACAGAUCCACUUAUAGAGCCUAAAGAAUUUGAAAUUGAACAUAAAAAACAAGAAGAAACUUUGCGAAGAUUUCGACAAAGGGAAUGUAAUGUGUUAAUUGGAACUGAAAUAUUAGAAGAAGGAAUUGAUUUACCUCGUUGUAAUUUAGUAAUUAGCUAUCAUUCACCAAAAUCUUACAGAUCUUAUUUAAAAUUAAAAAGUAGAGCGAAAACUUUAGAUGCUUUCUAUUUUCAAUUGUUUGAUGAAAAAGCUACAUCUGACAUAUUAUCUCGCUUAAGACUUUACAAAAAUAUUGAUCAAAUGUUACUAAAUAACUGUGGUUUAAAAGACACGGAUGAAACUAUUGAAAAUACAGCUGAUCAAUAUAAUUGGUGUGUAGCUCCUUUUAAACCUAGUAAAAAAGAAGAUGGAGCAUUUGUUGAUAUGGGAACAGCAAUAGGCCUUGUGAAUCGAUAUUGCGCAAAACUACCUAGUGAUACAUUUACUAAAUUAUCUCCCAUUUGGAAAAUAAUAAACAUAAUUUAUGAAAGUCAACCAAUGUAUAUUUGUGUGAUUCAACUUCCAAUUAAUUCUCCUAUUAAACAUGAUAUUUAUGGUCAUCCUAUGCCUAGCGAAAUCUUAGCUAAAAGAGUAGCUGCUUUAGAAGUUUGCCGACAGCUACACCUCAAAGGUGAGCUAGAUGAUUCUCUUCAGCCAAUAACCAAAGAAUCAUUUCAUGCUUUGUUUAAUGCUGAUGAAGUACCACCAGAUGCUGAAGAUGCAUUAAUCCCAUGGGAUACUGAAGAACCUCGACCAGGAACAAAUAAACGUCGACAAUACUAUUUUAAAAGAAUAGCUCAAGUACUAAAUGAUUGUAGACCAAUAGAGGGUAAACCUUGUUACUUUUAUGCUAUUUUAUUACAAAUGAAUUGUCCAGUACCAGAAGAACAAAAUACAAGAGGCCGAAAAAUUCACCCACCAGAAGAAUCAAUUUUUGGAUUUGGAAUUCUCACAUUAAAACAAAUUCCAAGUAUUCCAUCCUUUCCAAUUUACACUCGCUGUGGAGAAGUUUAUGUUAGUUUAAAGUUAAUGAAAACUGAUUUAUAUCUAACACAACAACAGCUAACUGACGUAGCAACAUUCCUUAAUUAUACAUUCACUAGUGUACUACGUUUACAAAAAUGUCAUGUAGCAUUUGAUCCAACCACUACUCAUAAUUGUUAUUACAUUGUGCCAACUAUUAGAGAUGAAAAUGACUGCAUGGAUAUAAACUGGGAAUUUUUGGAUGCUAUGCAUAAAAGAAAAGAUGAAAGGCUUCAAAUAAUACCUGAUGAAGACCGAAAAUAUUUCCAACCAGAUAUUGAUGUUCUAAAAGAUGCAGUUGUUACACCUUGGUAUAGAAAUCAAGAGCAGCCUCAAUACUUUUAUGUAGCUGAAAUUUGUGAUCAUCUAAAUCCAAAAUCACCUUUCCCAGGCUCAAUAGAAAAUUAUAAAACAUUUGAAGAUUAUUAUUUCUUGAAGUAUAACUUAAGGAUUCAAAAUCUUGGGCAACCUUUAUUAGAUGUUGAUCAUACUUCGGCUAGGUUGAAUUUCCUAACGCCCAGAUAUAUGAAUAGAAAAGGUGUUAUUUUACCUACUAGUAGUGAUGCAACCAAAAAAGCUAAAAGAGAUAAUUUAAGUCAAAAACAAAUUCUUGUACCAGAACUUUGUAAAAUUCAUUUGUUUCCUGCAUCAAUGUGGCGAAAAGCUGUUUCAUUACCAUGUAUAUUAUACCGUAUUAAUGCAUUAUUGUUAGCUGAUGAAAUUCGAACUAUAGUUGCCAAAGAUAUAUAUUUAGGUUCACUUAAUCUUCCUUAUGAUCAUCACUGGGAGCCUUUAGACUUUGGUUGGACAAUGAAAGAAAUUUUAAAAAAAAGAAAAGAACAGAAAGAAAACUUUAAUAAUAAGAAAAUUGUCGACCUAAAAGAAACAAUUGAAACUUUUGAUAAUCCCUUAAAAAAAAAAAAUGAAGAUAUAGUCAAUAUAGAUAAAUCAGAUGAUCCCAACUGGAUGGAUAUUGGCACUUGGUCGAAUGACAUGGCUAAUUUUUCAAUGAAUGAUAUUAAUUCUGUCUCUUCUAAAAUAAGAUACACAUCACCUACUAGCUGGAUGGUACAUAGUGACAACGAUUCAAGUACAUUUAGUGAUGUUGAUUCAGAUGAUGGAGCACAAGAAAAUGAUAUUCAUUUAAGUAGCUUACGUAUAGAAUUCAGAAAUACUUAUUUAGCUGAAGCUGUAGAUGAAAAUGAAAGUAAACCUAAUAAACAACACUUAUUUAAAAAUAAUGAAUCUUCAAGUUGGUCAUGGAAUGACAGUUGUAAUAUUCUUUUUGAAAAACAACAAAUGUCUAUUUUAGAAGAAAAGGAUAUUAAAUUUUUAUUUAUUAAUAAAAAUGAAGACAUUAUUGUUAAGCGCAAACAAAAAGAUACUCAAGUAAUAGAUAAAUCUUCUUCAUUAGAAUUACCGUGGCUAUUAAACUCUGACACUGGAUAUGGAACUAAGGAAAAUAAUUUUGUAUCAAGUAUUUCAAAAUUGGAUAUGUUAACCAGAAAAAGAAGUCAUGUUAAUUCAAUUUUUAAUGAAAAUAAAACCGAUCCAGACAUUUUUAGUUUUGAUUAUCAACCAGAUUUAAUUAAUCAUAGUGGACCUAAUCCUAGUGUUCUACUUCAGGCUUUAACAAUGUCAAAUGCAAAUGAUGGUAUUAAUUUGGAACGUUUAGAAACCAUAGGUGAUUCAUUUUUAAAAUAUGCUAUUACUGCUUACUUAUAUUGUACACACGAUAAUGUUCAUGAAGGAAAAUUAAGUCAUCUUAGAUCAAAACAAGUUAGUAAUCUAAAUUUGUAUCGCUUGGGAAAACUAAAAAAAUUUGGACAGCGUAUGAUAUCUACAAAAUUUGAACCUCAUGACAAUUGGUUACCUCCUUGUUAUUUUGUUCCACAUAAGUUAGAAAAAGCUUUAAUAGAUGCUGGCAUACCUACUUCUUUAUGGAAUAUGAUUACUCUACCUACUUUUAAAGAUCCAACUGAUAAAGAAAUUAAUGAAGCUAUUAAACAGUUUAAAAGGGGAAUUAAUAAUGAUAAUCCUGCAAAUACGCCUGUGUUUGUACCUUAUAAUCUUGUUACUCAACACAGUAUUCCAGAUAAAAGUAUUGCUGAUUGUGUUGAAGCUUUGAUUGGUGCUUAUUUAAUAUCAUGCGGUUCUCGAGGAGCAUUACUAUUUAUGUCUUGGCUAGGAAUUAAAGUACUACCUACAUUAGAAGAUAUGACAUUAGGAUAUUUGAAACAACCUUUAUCGCCUUUAUUACGUAAUGUAACUGAUCCUGAAGGCGAACUGAAUAAAUUAAUGUAUGGUUUUGAAAUAUUUGAACAAAAUUUAGGCUAUAGAUUUGAAGAUCGUAGCUAUUUGUUACAAGCUAUGACUCAUGCAUCUUAUUAUCCUAAUCGCUUAACUGACUGUUAUCAACGCCUUGAAUUUUUAGGUGAUGCAGUUUUAGAUUAUUUGAUUACAAGACAUCUUUAUGAAGAUAAAAGACAACAUUCACCUGGAGCAUUAACAGAUCUUCGUUCGGCAUUAGUAAAUAACACUAUUUUUGCCUCAUUAGCAGUCAGGAAUGGAUUUCAUAAAUAUUUUAAACAUUUAUCUCCUGGUCUUUCUGAUGUGGUUUGUAAAUUUGUUACAAUACAAGAAGAAAAUGGGCAUAAAGUUGAUGAAGAAUUUUAUUUUAUGGGAGAAGAUGAAUGUGAAGAUGCAGAAGAUGUUGAAGUACCAAAAGCAUUAGGAGACGUUUUUGAAUCUGUUGCAGGAGCCAUUUAUUUAGAUAGUAACAUGUCAUUAGAUACUGUAUGGAAAGUGUACCACAAAAUUAUGGAAAGUGAAAUGGAAAAAUUCAGUACAAAUGUUCCCAAAUCACCAAUCAGGGAACUAUUAGAGCUGGAACCAGAAACAGCUAAAUUUAGCAAACCAGAAAAGUUAGCUGAUGGGCGUCGUGUCCGUGUUGUUGUAGAAAUUUUUGGAAAAGGUGAAUUCAAAGGUAUUGGUCGAAAUUAUAGAAUCGCAAAAUGUACUGCAGCAAAAUGUGCUUUGAAACAUUUGAAAAAAAAAAUAAAAUGUUAAAACAUUUCAAAAUAUUACAAUAAACUUAUUUAUUUUAAUAUUAAAAAUAUACAUAAUUAUAUUUAAGUUAAUUUCUUAAAUAUUUCAUAGUAAUUUUUUUUAAUAAGAAUAUUGGCAAAAAAUAAGAGA